AAAGAGGAUUUUACAGAAUAGUAAUAAACACUAUAGUUGAUUUGAAUUUAUAUACUAAACACAUAUUAUUUUCACAUUUAACUUCACCAUACCCACAACCCUAUAUCAAAGCUAUUAGAAAUUACUAUUUGCAACAUAGUAACCCCCCAAGUUAUUUAACAAACUUCUUAUCCUUAUUUUAAAUUUUAUUAUUGAUGAGUGAUACUGAAGCUUCAUCACCAUCGGUUUCGACCAAUGCCGUGAUCAGGAAAGUGAAGGUUGAUGAAGGUCAAGAGGUCCCGAUCAAGCGGGCGUCUUAUAAAGACCAACUGAGAGAAGCUAAGGAGAACAAUUUAUUCUUCCAUAAUACCCACCUUUCCAAGAAUCAUGCUAGCUUGAAGUUCUUUAAGAACGGAUUGUACAUUCGUGAUUGCAGCUCAACUUUUGGAACAGUACUCAACGGACAAGUUUUGUCUCCAACUUGUUGGUUCCCCCUUGAGAACAAUGACGUGGUUCGGUUUAUUAUCUUGAAACCGUCAAGUUUUAUCCUGGAUGUCUUUAAAAGGUUUGGAUUUUCUAACAGUGUUGACCUUUUAGAAUUUGAAAAUGCUCAAACUGGUCUUGCCUUUCAGAUUGCCAUUACCGAUACAAAUAAUGUUUGGUUCACUCCUAUGAGUGAUUCACAAUUAAAGAGAUUCUACGUUCUGCGCCCUAAAGAUAGAGUUUUAAUUCAUCCCGUUUCAAGUACUGGUGAUCAAGAAUUGCCAGAAGGUACAGAUGGAUGGGGAUUACCUUUGGAAACAGAAGAUGAAGAGUCGAAUGAAGAUGGUAAUGAUUCCAGUCAGCCCGUUGAAGUUACUGGUAGCUUCAAUGGAGUAGGAAAGACUACCCCUGGCGGAAUGGCAGAAGAAAAUGACGAGGAAGAUGAUGAUGAUGAAGAAGAAGAUGAUGAUGAUGACGAUGAAGAUGAAGAUGUGGAAGAAGUCGAUGAGGAUGAUGAAGAAGUCGAAGAAGACGAAGACGAAGAUCAUGUGGAAGGAGAAUACAUUUCUGACCUCUCCAUUUCAGAUGAGGAAUAUGAUCGCCAAAAGCAACCAGGUCUUACUGAAGAAGAUUCAGAUUGGGAGAAUGAAUUACAAUGUUGCAGAAAGAAUUCUUGCGAUGAAAUUAUUUUUGAUGAUUAUGACAUCAACAGUGAUCUCACUGUCGGAGAAGAUGAUUUAACUGUUGAUGAAAAUAGUUCGGUUGAAGAUGACGAAGAUGAUGAGGACGAUGUAGAAGUAUACUACAUCACCAAUAGGAAGAGAUUACACGACGAAAUGGAUGAUGACUACGAUGAACUUGACGAAGAUGAAACCGUGGUAAUGUCAUUCCCAUCUAAGAAGCAAAAGAAAGAGUCAGAUCACGCGAUUUCAUCAACUCUCAAGACGAUUGGGAAAGAGGUCUUCAAGGGAUCACUUUAUGUGCUUGCAACCGUUGUUGCCCUUGGCGUUUAUGGUCAAUCGAUUUUAGAAGACUAAGCGUUAUUGAUACUGGAAUUGGCAAUUGCUGUCAUUAUAGCUAUGGCUUUUUUUUAUUGUAGUUUUUAUCUUUACUAUUUGCUAUUGUUUUACUUUGAGUUUGGUUUUGGUUUCAUGAUUCGUUGGAUUAGGCGAGCUGGUUAUAUAUUUUUAGGUUUAUUAUGUUUGAAUACGAUGUUUAUUAAUUGAAUU